GCUUCUCCUCUGGCCAUAGCGACGAAAACCUGGCUGCUCAUACUUCAAAGCCCUGCUCGACUGCGCCCUACUUUCAGCCUUCCAGAUCUUGGGUUCUCCAUUUUCAUCUAAGGUGGAUGGACACGUGUCGCCUCAUGCGUAUUCUUCUCACGCUUUCCUUUCACACAAGGCUUUCGGCAGCUUUGGUAUGCUCAUUAAAAUACGUUAUCCAUGCAGAGCUGAGGAAUCUGCUUGUUGCACAAAGAACGGCAAAGCCACGUUAUGGACCCCUUCCCAGAUGAUUCAGUGGUUUGGUCCAGAGCUUAUUUUAGAGCCAAUUCUUUCUUGUUAAGAUUAUCUUUUCCUGUCACUCUCAUCUACCUUGAUACACUCUUGUAUUAGGUAAUUUUACUCGAGUCCAAUAAUUAAUUCUACAGAAGCUUAAUUAUCAUUUAUGUUUUUUUUUGGUUUAUUUGUGAGUCCUGCUACAUGUGAACGGUGUGCGUUUCAGGCAGUAUGACGGAAGUAUCUUGUUUAGCAUCAUAGUCCAUACUUUACAGUAUUUUUUCCUGAGAUUGGAGCAGAUGGUUGCCCAUUUUUGCUUCAAAUAACAGGGAGGUGAUUUUUCAUGAGAUUGGAGCAGACGGUUUCCCGCUGCUAAUUUCUAGUUUGUCGAGAGAUUCGACAUGGAUGAUUGGAUAAGUUGGAUGCCUGAUGACAUUCUAGUUGCUAUAUUGACUUCUCUGCCGCUGAAUGACGCUGGGCACACUAGUGUUCUUUCAUCUCGUCGGAAGAAUACGUGGAAAAACACCUCCCACCUCAAUUUUAUUGAUGACAGUGCAUUGGACAAGAUUGGAAAAGAUAAAAGGCAACGCAACACGGAAAGGAGCAAGUAUGUAAGAUGGGUGAACUCAGUCCUCAAAUCUUUACCGCACAAAGGGGGCUGACCUUGGAAGACUUCAGGAUCUGUUUUGAUGUAGGAAAAUCAUCCUCUGAGUCAAUUUCACAGUGGCUUAAAUUUGCUUUUGAGAGACAAGUUGAAAGGUUGGAGUUGGACCUUCUAGAAUUUGGUUGUCACAUGUCAUUGCCGGGGAAUGUCCAUGUCUUCCCAGAUAAAUUCUUGUUCCAGAAUCCACGUGUCCUUCACCGACAUCAUCCUCCUAUUACUUGUACCACACUAUUUAACUUUAAAUCCCUCAAAUCAUUGUCUUUCAAAAAUGUUCAUGUGAGUGAUGAAGCUAUUGAGUUUUUCGUACAUAACUGCCCAUUCCAUGAGCAAAUAUUUCUCUACAGCAUAGAGAAAUUAUCAAAUCUUGAAGUUUGCGGCUCAUCCCUUGCGUUAAAGCACUUGGAGUUAUGCUGCAUCUAUGAUUUCAUAUCCCUUGAGGUUUCUGCACCAAAUCAUACUUCACUUUCAGUUGGGACAACAAAUGGACUCGUGCUUAGGAAUGUUUCAAUGCUUGUUGAUAUACAUAUUUGUUGUGGGAAAGUUGAAAUUCCAUUGUUAGUUGCUGCACUGAUUUGCUGCCUUUCCCAAUUGCAGAUUCUUUCCCUGUGGCUGGAGAUCCAUCAGGCACGUCAUAUUGUGCUACUCAACUUCCCUGACAUGCCUAAACUGAAGAAGUUGGUCCUAAGUUUUCAGGCAAACCGUGAUGAAAGUGUUCUUCAAUUGACCAUAGAAUCGUGAGGCUUAUCAAAAGUAGGGACAUGAACUUUCUCAUAAAAAGUCAAGAAUUUUUUUAAGCCUCCUAACUUUAUCUGUUAACUUAGUCCUCUCAAGAGAAAUAUUCAAUCCAUCCAUAAUGAAGUCAUACAAUGUAAUAUAACAAACUCUGGC